GUUCCCUGUCCCCAAAGCGACGCUAUCGUCUUAUGCCUCUCUCCUUCUUCUCUAUCUCGCUUAUGUCUAUUAUGGACGUGUCUGCUUACAUUUGACGAAAACCUCACCAUUUCUGAAGCCUUCCGAUGGCAGAAAUAAGAUGAUAAUUAUUCAGAAAACUUAGUUAUCAUCACCAGUAUUGCCUGAUUACGUUAUUUACGAGAAAAUGUUCCUAUGUGAAUUGCUUUUGUGGCAGUCAAAUCCGCGCUCACUCAGCCUAGCAGGCUGUGAGUGAGAGUGAGUGAGUGUUAUCCUGCGAAAGCCGCACUCACACUCACACACACACACACACACACACACAUAUAUAUAUAUAUAUGUGUGUAUGUAUAUGUAUAUACAUAUAUACACACACAUAUAUAUAGUAGGAAUAUUUAUGAAUUAUCUGUUGGCAUGAAGAAGAGCCAAGCAGGAUGAGUGUCCUUCUUCCUAUCACGACUAACAACAGCCAUGCAAUGAUGAGAAGCAAAACAAUCCAUUCUGUUGCUAUCAACCAAAGUUGGGCCAACAACAACAGCAACAACAACAACGACUGUUUCACUGCCAGAACAGCUCAGACUAAUUUGACCUCCACCGUCGGUGAGAAUCGAACCAAUUACCCGGGCACAGCCAGGCCAAACGGACUACCUUCUUCAUCGUUAUUUUGAAACAACAUCCAAACAUUUCUACUCACGACCCUUUAUUAAUUAAUUAUACGCGACCCUUUAUUAAUUGAUUAUUCUUUGAUCUUACGAAAAAAAAUAAUAAUCACAAUCACAAUCAUCGUUGUAAUUAAUUACCACACACGUACGCGCGCACACACACACACACACUAUAUAUAUACAUACAUAUAUAUAUAUACACAUAUAUAUAUAUAUGUAUGCAUAUGAUCCUAUUUUUAAGCCGACUGGAGCCAAAGUAAGUGACGAUGCUUGCCAUCAGUAAAAAAAGACGACUGUUUUACUUUCUAGUCGCUCAUUACACGGCCAUUCUGUGGCUUUCCAGCUCUACUGGGGUCGCCUUUGGAUCGAACCGAGGAGAUCAGUGUACGAGCAAUAGUAACUGUUCAUAUGGUGCAACUUGUAAAAAUAAUGUCUGUGAGUGUGACAUCGAAUGUCAUGAGAGCCUGUCUUCGGAUGGCGAAGUCUGUGCUUCAGAUGGCCGAGUUUACAAUAGUGAGUGUGAGAUGAGGAGAGAGGGCUGUGAGAAGAAUAUUGAUCUCAUUCUUCAUGACUAUUGUCCUAACCCUACACGAGGUCCAGAUAUUUUUUGCACUGCAACAUCUUGCCUCUUUGAUGGUGUCUGCAAAGAAUUUGAAAACGGAGAUAAGCGAUGUACAUGUUCACAUGACUGCAGUAAUGAACCUACGUCACAAAUUUGCGGCACAGACCAUAAAAUAUAUGCAAAUGAUUGCUUAUUAAGAAAAGAAUCGUGUGAACAGCAAACUGCAAUAAACAAAACUCAUAUGGAUUUUUGUGAAUUGUGUUCAAGUAUCGAGAUAAAAAACAAAAUUGAGAACUUCAAACAAUUGGAGCAUUGUUCUGUGAUAGAAGGGUAUUUGCGCAUUAUUCUUUUGGAUUACAUGAAACCUGAGGAUUAUCAAAACAUGCGCUUCCCCAAAUUAGUUGAAAUCACAGACUACUUAAUAAUGUAUCGUGCCUAUGGACUUAAAACUCUACGUGACCUUUUCCCAAACUUGAGUGUUAUUCGGGGUCAGGAGCUUUUCUACAAUUAUGCUCUGGUUGCAUUUGAAAUGCCUGAUCUAGAGGAAAUUGGUUUGAGCAGCUUAACUGUUAUUCAACGAGGAGCUGUUCGUUUCAAUAAAAGUCCCAACCUUUGUUACUUAGAAACCAUAGACUGGAGUAAAAUCACUUCUGAAGGUUCAAAUGAGGCCCAUUCCAUUGCUGAUAAUAAGGACCCACGAGAAUGUGUUGACCAAUGUCCUCAUACUUGUGACCAUUGCUGGAAUUCCAGGGAGUGCCAAAAGAAUAUUGAUUGCCUUUGUGAAAAUGGAAAAGGCUAUUGCCAGCAGAAUGGUUCUUGCUGUCAUGAAAAUUGCCUUGGUGGCUGUAGAGGACCAACAGCUAGAGACUGCCUUGCUUGCAGGCAUGUUUAUCAUGACAAGGAGUGUAAGAGAACCUGCCCACCAAACACCUACAAGUUCAAAAACCGCCGCUGCCUCACUGAAAGAGAAUGUAGAUCGGUUGCAUAUAAUUUCAAGUUAUUGGAAGCUAACAUGACUACUAACAGGACAGCCCUUUGUACCGAACAUUGCCCUGUCGGAUAUAUUGAAAACCCAGAUGAUCCAAAUAGGUGCCUGAAGUGCAAAGCCAGAUGUCCAAAAAAAUGUCCUGCCAAAGAAGUGAAGAGUAUCUCAUCUAUCCAAAGUCUAAAAGAUUGUACUGAAAUAACAGGAGAAUUGAUUUUACAACAUCUUAAUGGUGUUCUUGCUCAAGAACUGGAAGCAAAUCUUGGGCAAAUUGAAGAAGUUCACAAUUUCAUAAAAAUUACCAGGUCAGAUGGUUUAGUAUCUUUGUCAUCUUUCAAAAGCCUGAAGGUUAUACACGGCAAGAAACUGGAAGAUGAUAGAUAUGCUCUCUACCUCAGAGAUAAUGAAAACAUUGAAGAGCUAUUUUCUAAAGAUGUAGAAAAGAAUCUGGUUAUAAAGCGAGGCAAGGUGUUUUUCCAUGAUAACAGACGUUUGUGCCAACACAAAAUUCGCGAACUAAUGAAUUAUACCAAAUUGAAUGCUUCCAACCAUACAGAGCAUGACAUAUCUACCUCGAAUGGUGAUCUUAUUCCUUGUCAGACCAAAAAUUUGAACCUCACUAUUAUAUCAACUGCUUCAGCAUUUGCAAUUUUGAAAUGGAACAGGUUUGAAAUGGAUGAUUCUCGAGAAAUGCUUGGUUAUGUUAUAUAUUAUCGUGAAGUAGCCAACAGAAAUGUUCCACUUUUUGAAAAACAAGACCUUUGCAUUGAGAGUUUAUGGAAAACAGUUCAAAAGCCAAAAGACCGUAAAGAGCAUAAAGAUAAUCAAGAAUUUCAUGUACUUAAUGAACUUAAACCAUGGACACUUUAUGCCACUUAUUUAAAGACUGAUACUCUCUCUACAGCCAAGUCAACAGGAAUGAGUGAUGUUGAAUAUUUCAGAACAACACCUGGUGUUCCCACCAACCCAACAAACCUGAAAAUAACUGCGAAGAGAGUUGGAGAGCUGAUAGUUUCAUGGGACCCACCAAAAGAACCUAAAGGAGAAGUAGAUCACUACUUUGUUUACUGGCAGUCUGAAGUUCUUAAUGUUGCAGACUACAGUAUUCGAGACUAUUGUGAAAAUCGGUUAAAACCAAUUGCAAAACAAGAAGAAAAAAGAGAAACGAUAACUAAUGAUACCUUGAAUGAAAACUGUUGUGAAUGUCCAAAAGAUAAAAAAGUUGAUAAAACUGAAGAGUCUGAAAGACAAAUGCAGAUCUUCUUUGAGAAUUUCCUACACAAUAAUGUCUUUGUUAAGAGACCUCCUGAUGUCUCCCUAUCAGAUGAUUCCCAUAAUCGACAUCGGCGAGAGGCAGUGAUUGAGGACCCUCACGCAGCUGGUAAAUAUUUACCAGCACACAACAAUUUCAGCCGACCCAAUGCUUCAAGACAGAGUACUGAGCGACCUUUCCUUGCAAUGGCUGUCUAUAACAGCAGAAAUGUUGUGAUUGGGAAUCUUGCACAUUUCCAGGAAUACAAUAUAGAAGUUAUUGCUUGUCAUAAAUCCAAUGAAAAUGGCAAAUAUUGCAGCAACAGAGCUAUUGUGACAGCCAAAACCUUACCACUAGAAAUCGCUGACCACAUCAAUAGUUCUUCAGUGAAUGCCAGUCUAAUUGUCAACGGCACAGGUGACAUGCUUAUUAGUUGGGAUCCACCUGCUUAUGUAAAUGGUUUAAUUGUCACCUAUGAAGUAGCGUACAAGAAAGCAGCAAAAAAAAAUAAAGACGAUUCGAUUGUUUGUAUUACACAACGAGAAUAUCAAAUAACUCGAAGUUGUCGUCUGCAAAAGUUAGAUGCUGGCAACUAUUCCUAUCGUAUACGAGCUACUUCUUUAGCUGCUGUUGGAAACUGGACAGAAUACAAGUUUUUCCUUGUGCCUGAAAGACCAGGUUCACCACCCCCACUCAACACCAUAAUGAUAGUAAUAAUUACAUUACUAAGCGUCCUGGUCACUGUACUUAUAUUCACUACUAUUUGUGUCCGAUAUGGUAUCUGUAGCCGGGGUAAGGGAGCCUCUUAUGUUUCUGUCAAUCCAGAGUAUGCUAGUGCUCGUGAAGUAUAUGAACCUGAUGAAACUGAACUAGAUCGAGAUAUGAUUAGUCUAAUUAGAGAACUUGGUCAAGGUUCUUUCGGUAUGGUUUAUGAAGGUAUCCUCUUUACAAGUGGAGACGAUGAAAAAGGUAUCACAGUUGCAGUAAAGACAGCAAUGUCUGCCGAUCGCCAUAGCUUUUUAAAGGAAGCUACAGUUAUGAAAGCAUUUAGUUGCAAUCAUAUUGUGAAGCUGUUGGGAGUUGUUUCCGUUGUAUCUGCUGGCCGACCUUUGGUUGUGAUGGAACUGAUGGCAAAUGGAGACUUAAAACAGUUUUUACGCAGACAUAGGCCCGAUGACGAGGAAUACGAUGGUCGUAAACCCCUAACACUACAUCAGACUUUGUGUAUGGCUGCAGAGGUUGCUGACGGUAUGGCUUACUUGGCUGAUAAAAAGUAUGUCCACCGAGAUUUAGCUGCCAGAAAUUGUAUGGUAUCACUUGAUUCCGUUGUGAAAAUUGGAGACUUUGGUAUGACGAGAGAUAUUUAUGAAACAGAUUAUUAUCGCAAGGGCGGUAAUGCCUUGUUACCUGUUCGGUGGAUGGCACCAGAAUCAUUGAAGGAUGGCAUUUAUACAAGUCUUUCUGAUGUCUGGUCGUAUGGAGUGGUCAUUUGGGAAAUGGCAACGUUAGCUGCGAUGCCAUAUCAAGGCUUGUCAAACUCAGAAGUGGUGAAAUUCGUUUCAGAUGGCAAAAUAAUGGAAAAACCAGAGGGCUGUCCAAAACGCCUGUAUUCAUUAAUGCUGAUGUGUUGGCAGUACAAACCCAAGCAAAGGCCUUCUUUCAAAGACAUAAUAAACGCUUUGGAGCCUGAACAAUUUCCAGACUUCCAGACUGUAUCAUAUUACAACAGUGAAGAGAACAGACGUUAUAUGGAAGAAGAAGCAAUGGCAAAAAAAAUGAGGGGUGAAAUUGAAGAACAAUACAAGCCACUGUAUAAAAAUAUCAGUACUUCAAAGGAUUUAUAUACUGAAUUACAUUCAGAUAUGUCCCAGAGCAGUACAGCGGAAGCGUUGGAACUGCAGGUCAUUCCGUCAGAGGCUGAUCCUCUCGCAUCGACUUCAGGACAAAUGUCGAUGUCUGGUAUGGGGGGUUCAGGAGAGGUCAGCUGUGGCCUGAGACGGAGUUCAAGCUCACUUAGUGCUAAUCUCCCCGAGGAGGAAUCAAAUAAAAAUGGCAAUUCAAGAAUUUCCCACAAAAAUGGCAUUGCCAAUGGACACAUACAAUCACAGAUGACAAGGACGCCUGUAUGCUAGCAUUCUAUCAUGCUCUCAAAAAAAAAAAAACACAUACACAAAACAAAACAAAAAACAUUUACAUCAUCUAUAAAAAAACAACAAAAAGAA